GGUUGGGUUUGGUGGGUGCGCACGGUUCUCUGGGAUGCGACCAUAAUCACAUACCGUUAUUAUAUCUCUCUGGAUCAUUUCCCUAUACAGUGCAUCAAAACCAACUACAAGAGGGUAGGCCUACUGGAGUCAGGGAACCCCUGCUGACAGUGCACCAAUUUGGAGUGGCGGUAGGGAUAAGAUUGUGAAGGACGUGAGGCAUCAUGGCAGCUCAUGAACAGGCGAGGCAGCGCUCACUCUCCACCUCUGGUGAAUCACUCUACAUUGUGCUUGGCAUUGACAAGCUAGCCACUCCCGACGAUAUCAAGAAAUCCUACAGAAAACUUGCGUUGAAAUUCCACCCUGAUAAGAACCCAGAUAACCCAGAAGCUUCUGACAAGUUUAAGGAGAUCAACAAUGCCCAUGCCAUUCUGAACGACCCCACAAAGCGGAACAUCUAUGACAAGUACGGCUCCCUGGGACUGUACGUGGCUGAGCAGUUUGGCGAGGAGAACGUGAACACCUACUUUGUUCUGUCCAGCUGGUGGGCUAAGGCGUUGUUUGUGUUCUGUGGCCUUGCCACUGGCUGCUACUUCUGCUGUUGUCUGUGUUGUUGCUGUAACUGCUGCUGUGGGAAGUGUAAACCGCGGCCCCCAGAGGGCCAGGAGCCCGACUUCUAUGUGUCCCCUGAGGACCUGGAGGCCCAAAUGCAGUCUGACGAGAGAGAGGGUGGCGGCGAAGCCAUCUUGGUGCAGCCAUCAGCGACAGAGACCACCCAGCUGACGUCAGAUGGUCACCAUUCCUCCUACCAAACCGACAUGGGCUUCAACUAAACCCCAUCCCUGUCCUGGCCUGCUACCCUACCCCACCUUAAAAGGAUGAUAGGGGCAAUCUGUUUUAACUUCACUAAGAGCGCCAUGUCCUGGAGAGGAGAUGGAGGAGCGAGCUUGGCCUACAUACAAAACUCUUGAAGACCCCCCCCCAUUUCCACCCUCUCCAGAAUGGUCCACUCUUGCCUCUUAUGUAGGAAGAAAAAGAAAGAAAUGGUUUGCUUCCUGCCCUUUUGUUCUUUUGUAUUCUUUUGGCCUUUGACCUCACAAUCCUCCAUCCCCACAGUCCCCUUUCCAUAUUCAGUGUGAUGGUGUAGCAUGCACUGAGAAAAAAAAAUCUUUGUUUUCAUUUGUUGAAUGUGACAUUUGUUGUGUUUUCCGAAUUCUGUUGGUGCAUAGGUAUGUGCAAUACGUACAGACCAGUCAAAAGUUUGGACACACCUACUUAUUCAAGGGCUUUCCUUUAUUUUGACUAUUCUCUACAUUGUAGAAUAAUUGUGAAGACAUUAAAACUGAAAUAACACAUAUGGAAUCAUGUAGUAACCAAAAAAGUGUUAAACAAAUCAAAAUCUAUUUUAUAUUUGAAAAUCUUCAAAGUAGCCACCCUAUGCCUUUAUGACAGCUUUGCGCACUCUUGGCAUUCUCUCAACUGUCACAGGAAAGGAAGACCCAGAGUUCCCUCUGCUGCAGAGGAUAUGUUCAUUAGAAUAACUGCACCUCAGAUUGCAGCUAAAAUAAAUGCUUCACAGAGUUCAGGUAACAGACACAUCUUAACAUCAACUGUUGAGAGGAGACUGCGUGAAUCAGGCUUUCAUGGUCGAAUUGCUACAAAGAAACCACUACUAAAGGACACCAAUAAGAAGAAGAGACUUGCUUGGGCCAAGAUACAUGAGCAAUGGACAUUAGACCAGUGGAAAUCUGUCCUUUGGUCUAAUAAGUCCAAAUUUGAGAUUUUUUGUUCCAACCACUGUGUCUUUUUGAGAUGCAGGGUAGGUGAACGGAUGAUCUCUGCAUGUGUGGUUCCCACCGUGAAGCAUGGAGGAGGAGGUGUGAUGGUGCUUUUCUGGUAACACUGAUUUAUUUAGAAUUCAAGACAUACUUAACCAGCAUGGCUACCACAGCAUUUGGCAGCGAUAUGCCAUCCCAUAUGGUUUGCGCUUAGUGGGACGAUCAUUUGUUUUUCAACAGGACAAUGACCCAACACACUUCCUGGCUGUGUAAGAGAUAUUUGACCAAGAAGGAGAGUGAUGGAGUGCUGCAUCAGAUGACCUGGCCUCCACAAUCACCCGACCUCAACCCAGUUGAGAUGGUCUGGGAUGAGAUGUACCACAGAGUGAAGGAAAAGCAGCCAACAAGUGCUCGGCAUAUGUGGGAACUCCUUCAAGACUGUUGGAAAAGCAUUAAUCAGGAAGCUGGUUGAGAGAAUGCCAAGAGUGUGCAAAGUUGUCAUCAAGGCAAAGGGUGGCUACUUUGAAGAAUCUCAAAUAUAACAUAUUUGGAUUUGUUUAACACUUUUCUGGUUACUACAUGAUUCCAUGUGUGUUAUUUCAUAGAUUUGAUGUCUUCACUAUUAUUCUACACUGUAGAAAAUAAUAAAAAAAAUAAAGAAAAACCCUUGAAUGAAUAGGUGUGUCCAGACUUUUGACUAGUACUGUAUUUGUGAGUGUGAUUCCUUUGGGGUACAGUUUACUUGAUGUUUUUUGCUCACUGAUAAGAGAGGCUCGGCUCAGGGAGUUCUGGAUUGUGAGGUGUUUUGCUGUUCAUUGUCUUUGCUUCAUGCUGGAGUAAUCAUUACACAUCCAAGGUUUGAGCUACACAAUGCUCAGUUUGGAAUUGCCAUCAGCUGAUGCCAGUUAUAAACAUACAGCUCCUUUCCUUCAUCUCCUUUUAAACCCUUGGAUUCCUGUGUACCUGUGUUUGUGCCCUUCCAAGUGCAUUGUGGUUAUGUUGCCCUGAGUCCUGUGCAUGUAGAAGGGGGGUGGGGAUUUACGACGGCAAUAUCAUGAAAUGCGGAUGAUGACGUCAUUGUUUUCUUAACAUUUGGUGGAUCUGGGCUUUUCCCGUUAUCUGACUUGGCUUACUUUGGUCUCUUGUUUUGUGUAGGAAGUAUUGUUUUGUCCAGCCCCUGAAACCUGAAUUGAAUGCUUGUAAUCUUGCCUCUAACUUCCCUGCAUUGAAGAACUGACUAACAGCAGAAGAUAAAUAUGAUAUAUAUACGUUUGUUUACACAUGUGUAUAUUUUGUGUAGCUUACUUGCCACUGUGCCACCCACAGUCCCGUUGGAUUGCUUGGACGCGUCUCUGAGCAACACUUCUUCUCUUCACAUUUGAACGGAUGUUCUCGAUAUCCAGUUAUUUAAUACGUUUUACCAGUGCUUUCUGUUCUUGUGGUUCCAAGUGGUACCCCACACGGUCUAAGCCAAGAACCUUGACCUGAUCCAUAUUUAGAGUGUGAUGUCCAUUUUAUUCCGAGCACUAUUCAUCUAUGUUUAGAUGUGACGAAAAAGAUCAUGUUUAGGAAAAUAUUGUGAGCAUUUGAAGAAUAUUAUCAUCAUCGUGUUUUUAUAGUUGUGCUGAAGGGAAUUCUAAAGAGUUUUGUAAUUGUCCAAUGCUGUUAAUUUGUGUUUACCAUCAUUGAAUUGUGAGUGUCGAUAUUGGUACUUUCUAAGUCAUUUCAUGAGCUGGCUAGCACUACUACAGGCAGCUCUUAUCCUAGAACCAGAAUAUACUAAUGUUUUUAAUAGAAAUAUAUAGAGCGGAAUAUACGUCCAGUGUAACUAAUACAUAACUUGCCAUAAACAGCCAUUAUCUUCAUUGUUUGUUUCUUUCAUUAAUGCCAAUUACGUGUUUCAAUGGUUUACAAUGAUGGGUUUCUGAGCUCCUCUUGCCUGCCCUCUGCUUUUGAUGGUAUGGUUAUUUGACCUGUGUGAUCCUUUUACAGUGUUUGCUGUGCCCUCCUGAGAAAACUCCAUAGAUAUACCUACCUAUUAUCGCUUCUUCAUUGACAUGUUGGAAAAUGCUAAUUGUUAAAUGAGUUGAAUGCAAUGUGUUAAAAUAAACUAAAGACUACUGGAUCAAUGAUCAGGAAAUGGUGACAUAACAUUUUCUUGAUACAGAGGACAUAUAGUGUAAUGAUAGUGAUAUAGUAAUUUGAUGCAAUUUUAUUUAAGGUAUCUUAUUUUAUCAUGAUUUUGAUGAUGAGCGGCUAUAGUUAUAAAUGGUAUGUUGUUUUGAUGUGGCCAUUAAAUUUUGCAACGCAUGGUUUAAUGGUUAAGGUCUCUUGUACAUACACUUAAAUAUGUAGUAUAAAUCUUGACCUUUAUGUUGUAGCAUGGUAAUACUUGUGUGUCUGAAAGAAAACAAAGUGGGUCAUUGAUCUGAUUUGCUGUUGGUAAAAUAAAUGUUCUUGAACAUU